UCAACUCCUGGUUACAUCUAUAAAUUUUUUAUAGGUUACAUGGGAUAUAUGAGCUUCGAGAAGUUCUAAAUUUGUGCGGACAUGAUAAUCUUAAAGUUCAUAUGCAGCAUAACACUGGGCUUGCUUCUCACUGUUUCAUCUGUUAGAGCAGCUCCUAAAGAUUCUCUCAUAACUUCUUUACCAGGCUUCAAUGGAACUCUACCCUCUGCACAUUAUGCAGGGUAUGUGACUAUAGAUGGAAGUCCUGGAAAGAAGAACUUGUUUUACUAUAUCAUUGCUUCAGAAAGGAAUCCUUCAAAAGACCCUGUAGUACUGUGGCUUAAUGGUGGACCAGGGUGCUCCAGCUUUGAUGGAUUCAUCUAUGAACAUGGACCAUUUAAAUUCCAAGCAGGAAAGCCAAAGGGAAGCUUGCCAGUAUUGCACCUCAACUCGUUCAGCUGGUCCAAGGUUUCCAACAUAAUAUAUCUGGAUUCGCCAUGUGGUGUUGGUUUAUCUUACUCGGACAAUCCAAAGAAUUAUGUGACGGGAGACCUACAGACUGCCUCUGAUACGCAUGCAUUUCUUCUCAAGUGGUUCGAACUUUAUCCAGAGUUCCUCUCAAAUCCAUUCUAUAUUUCUGGAGAGUCUUAUGCCGGAGUUUAUGUGCCAACUCUUGCUUCUGAAGUGGUAAAAGGAAUUCAACUUGGUGAAAAGCCUCUUAUCAAUUUCAAGGGUUACAUGGUGGGAAAUGGGAUCGCAGAUGACAAAUUUGAUGGCAAUGCUCUUGUGCCUUUUGCUUUUGGAAUGGGGCUGAUCUCAAAUGACAUCUUUGAGGCUUGCCAAAUCACAUGUGGUGGGAAAUUUUAUGAUCCUCCUAGUGAAACCUGUGAGGAGAAUCUUCACAAAGUUCAUCUGGCUGUCUCGGGUCUAAACUUGUAUGACAUUCUUGAGCCUUGCUACCGAAAUUCAGAGACCAAGUACGAAAGUGGGAACACAAGUAUGCCUUUGGGCUUUCAUCAAAAGGGGGUAAAUAAGAAGCCUCUCCCUAAGCGAACAAGAAUGUUUGGUCGAGCUUCACCUUUUUGGACUGUUAGAGACGCUGGAGUUUCAAGCUCCGAAUCACAGGAUGAGUUUCACAUUGAAUGUGUGGAUGAUGAAGUUGCAGUGGCAUGGUUGAAUGAUGAAGCAGUUCGCAAAGCUAUUCAUGGAGCGCCGGCAAGCGCUGCAGGUUCUUGGUGGAUAUGUUCCACAAGAGUCAAGGAUAGUUAUUCACGUGGUAAUGGAAGCAUGAUCCCUUACCACAAAAAUUUAAUUUCCCAGGGUUACCGAGUGCUCAUAUACAGUGGAGAUCAUGAUAGAAGAGUACCUUUCACUGGGACUCAAGCAUGGACCAGAUCAAUGGGAUACAAAAUCAUUGAUGAAUGGAGGCCUUGGAUGACCGAUGAUCAAGUUGCAGGGUAUCUGCAAGGAUAUGACAACUUCACAUUCUUAACAAUCAAGGGAGCCGGGCACAUGGUCCCCCAAACGAAGCCACGAGAGGCGUUGGAGUUUUAUAGUCGCUGGUUAGAUGGAAAACCAAUCUAGCGUUAUUGUAUUCCCAGUUCCUUAAAUCAAAAUGAUCUCAUCAGACAGUUUUCGCGAUGAGGACAUACAACUCCCUCUAUGUACCUGAAAGAUUGCCAAAUCAUUCAAUAAGAUCUUCAACUUCACAGCGCUGUCUCCC